UCAAAAUAUAUAUUUUAUUCACAUAUAAGGUCUCACAGUAUUCACAGUUAUAUCAAUGCAAAAACAAAAAAUAGGUGAAAAUCAAAGUUCCAAAAAGUGAAUGUAAACUAGCACUUAUAAUAUUUAUAGGGUAUACUUUUGCUAAAUAAAACGAUAGCAAUGCUAACUCGCCUGUGUUUUGAUAAACAUUCUGAGGGAUGGGCCUGGAGAAAUGUAACCACUCUGAAAUGCAGACAGAUGUCCUGAUAAAUGACUGACCACCUAUUAUAUAAAAACAUGUUUUAUUUUAUCCACGCUAGUCAUUGCGUACAUAUAACUAAUUUAUAAUUCCAAUAACUGAUGUAGUAGUUUAGGAUAGCAAUUUAAAGAUUAAACUCUAUCUACUUCCUCCUAUACGUCUCUGAGAGUCGCUAGAUUAUAAAGAUUAACUUCCGUAGGCCAACACAAAAUGGCAACAACUGUACUUACAAUGUAGUCCUAUAGCCUAAAGAAAAUCGCAUCUGGAAGCGAAGUAAUGUGAUAAAAUGUGACGUCGGUUGAAUUUGCUCUACACUCUGCGUCGGGCAAAGAUGCUGCGCCCUUGUUUGAACACUUAGUUAUUUUAAACACAUUACAUACUGCGCUCUUAUUUAUGGUGUUAAAAAAAAAAACGAUUUUACUGUAAAACGCUGAACACUCGUGGCUUCCCCUAAGAAAAAACACUUGAACAAUUUACUAACGCACCAUUUAAACCAAGUGUAGAAGAUAUAGCCUGCCUAAUUUUGCAAAUCCAAUACGAUUCCAGGUAAACGUCCAAGCAUAUUUCUGGCAAUAAUAUUUUCCUAAACGCUGGCUCCAGAUAUUCUUUCCAUUUCGUACAGUGCUUCAGGCACCCUAGACUAAAAAUCUCCCGUUGCAGUGUGCACAUUUCAGACUACAAGAGAUUUGUAGUGUGGUGUGGCUGGUAAGAUCCCUCCCCUUUUGCUGCUCAUUGGUGUGUGUGUGUGUAUGUGUGUGUUUACGUGUGUGUAAAUGUGUGUGCGUGCGCAUUCUGUUUGUGAGGCAGUUGCGUGCGAAGAGCUCGACUUGUCAUUCAGAGGAAUCCGCCACCUGAAACGUAAGGAAGUGAAGGCGACUCAAUUGGGUAUAAAGCAUCAACCACAUCUGCCUCGAGCAUUGCAAACUGAUGAAAACAUCAGUUCAGGGCUCUAGUAGAUGUUUGCUGUAUUUUCCGAAGGAAUUAUUGUUAUUGUCCAAAAUCUAACGCAGGCUACCCAUUCAAUUUGAAUGACCCAUCUAACAUUAUACUGGAAUUAAGUAAUAUUGACAGACCUUCUUGCGCACCUGUUACCUUAACGGAGUGCAAGACGAUGAUACCACCCGGAGACUGCAUGUAUGCGGGCAGGAAAAGAAGGAAGCCCAUUCAAAAACAAAAACCAGCAACAGUGAGUGAGAAGUCCAACCCAUCCAAGAGGCACCGGGACCGCCUGAAUGCAGAACUGGAUCGGCUGGCGAGUAUGCUGCCUUUCUCCCCAGACAUCAUCUCCAAGCUGGACAAGCUGUCAGUGCUGCGCCUCAGCGUCAGCUAUCUUCGUGUCAAGAGCUUCUUUACAGUAAAUCACGAGAAGCCAUCCAGCAAAAAACACCUAAGUCCACCCACCAACUCUGGCCCAGAGCCCAGAAAGGACAACCUGCAUAUGGUCAUGGGCAGCAACGUCACAGAGAGCGGGCUUCUCCUGGAGUCCCUCACUGGCUUUGCAUUGGUGGUGAGCAGUGACGGGAUGGUCUUCUAUGCCUCUUCCACCAUCGUUGACUACUUGGGAUUCCAUCAGACAGACGUGAUGCACCAGAACGUCUUUGACUACAUCCACGUGGACGACCGGCAGGAGUUCAGAAGACAGCUCCAUUGGGCCAUGAACCCCAGCCAUCAAGGCUCAUCCCAGGACCAUGACUCAUCAGCAGGAACUGGCGAGGACUUUCUGGUGAACAGCCUUUUCCAUUCUCAGGAAGCAGGCGGAGUUGCUCCUGAGUUCUCCUCUUUCCUCAACCGCUGUUUCAUCUCCCGUGUUCGCUGCCUUCUGGACAGUACCUCCGGCUUCCUGACCAUGCAGUUCCAGGGGCGUCUCAAGUUCCUCCACGGCCAGAAGAAGAAGUCUGGUUCAGGGGCCCUGCUACCCUCCCAGCUGGCCCUGUUCUGUGUGGCCGUGCCCCUUCUGUUGCCCUCCAUCACAGAGAUGAAGAUAAAGAGCCUGAUGAUGAAGGGCAAGCACAAGAGUGGAGGGGGCAACGUCAGCGCAAUAGAACAUGGGGAGAGAGAGGAGCACUUCAGGAGGCACACGAGCAGUGUUGGACUGGUGGACGGUGGGGACCCGUUGGCCCUCAACUGCACCAACCCUGCCGGGCCCCAACAGCGCCACCACACCCCUUGGACACCCCUCUCCAAAGACAGCCUGAAAUUUAAGACGGAGGGGGGCUACUACAGCCAGGACGAACCCCUCAACUACUGCAAGACCUCCAUGGGUGGCCCCCCUCACCACAAAAGCCCAGGCCUGGACACCUCGUGGCCUAUGCGUCCUGCCUCCGGGCCCAUCCGGACGGGCCAGAGUGGUGGCUACAUCCCCUCCAGUAGACUCGGAAAGGCAGGCCACUACGGCAAACCCUACCGCAUGUCCCCUGGCAUGUGUCAUGGGGGAGGGCGGAGUGGCGAGGUCUACGUGCCCAAGAUGUACAGCAGCCUGCAAAGCCCCGACGCCUCCGAUCUGUACUGCGUGGGCGAGGCGCUGAAGAGCGAGAACGGGUACGUCGAGUGCUACGACGGGCGCCUGCUGCCCGAGAUGCCCAUCAAGGUGGAGCAGGACUCGGACUCGGAGAACGGCUGCGACGCCUACGGCCGUCCGUGGGCGUGCCGGGAGACGCUAGACCGCCGUUACGGCUACGGCGAAAACAAUGUCCUCCAGAUGAAGUCGGAGGCGGACUACUACGAGCAUUAUUCGCCAUGCCAGCGUGGCAAGGCUGGCAUGAGUCCCGUCAGCCCGGCGUACAACAACGGGCACUACCAGAACUAUAACCACACGGUGGGCGGAAGGCCCAUGAAGUGUGUGAUCCACAAGGACCAGUCUCAGUACAGCCCCCAGCGGCUGUCCCACUCAGACCCCCUCUGUAGCAGUCAGAGCAUCAACUGCAUGGACGGGUAUGCCGGCAGCCCUGUGGAGCACGUCAAGGGCUACAUGCAACAGGACUACAAACUUGGCUACGAGUUCAAAGGUCACGGACUACUCCACACUAUCAAGCGGGAGCCCAUGGACUCGCCCCCAUGGUCGGGCGGCGGCGGCGGUGGCCAUGAAAUGAGCCACGCCAUGGGGCACUCUCAGAGGAACGCUAUGCCCAAUUGUAUAGCAAACUCUGGGCAUCACAAAGUCAACCCAUAUGUUUAUAUGCAAUAGAUGUAUAUACUGUAGAGGGACAGCCCAUACCUCCUUAUUCACCAGCAUUGGCAGAAGGCAUUCAGGAUACAGCUCAGGUUUAAAGACUAGUUUGUUGAGACAAUCAAAAACAGGAACGAGGGGAUCCUACCUCUAUAUUUUUCGUUUUGUUUAAUGGAAGAAUUUUGUAGUUGUUAUCCGAAGCACUUUUAUAUAGGGAUGCAAAUAUUUUCAGAAGAGUCAAAUUUAGUUUUUUGUCUUUUGCUGUGUACACCUGACUGUUUCAAAAUGUGAUGGAUAUACUGUAUAAAAUGGAAAAAAUCUGAAUGGGGGGUGCAGGAUGUGUGACUUGACUGUUAUGUUAAUAUUUGACCUCAAGAAAAAUAUUUUCAUUAAGACUGUUUACCCAAAGAGGGUUGACUUGCAUGCUCUUAUUAGGUCAGGUUUUCUAUAUUAUUUGAAGGAUAGUUUUAACAUGGUACGCUUUAGUUUGAGUGUGUGUGUCAGAGUAAGCAUGUGUGUGGGAGAGAAAGAUUGCCAGAAAGUUUAUUUCAAGGUUUUAAAAUCUUCUAUUGAAUCUUAUUUGUAUAUGGUAUGCGCACAACCCACUCUGCGUUUAUUGUCACUGUCAUAGAGAAGAGAUACAGUCUCUAUGGUCACAAUUGCCUGUUAUAUUUUAUUAUUGUUAUUACGAAAUGCCAGCCUAGUUUGAUAGCUCUUAUCCAUCCUAACAGCUGCAAUUUAAUCAAAAAGGAAAUCAAAAUAUUUGAAUUGUUUGUCGUGAGACAGGAAUGAGGAGUUGGCAAGAAAGAAGAUUAGCACCCAGGCUAAUAAAAUACUAACAUCAUCCUCAUCCAGUUGACCCUGACCUCGUCCCCCGGCUUGUUAUGCUGGCUCAUAAUGAGCUGGUAGAUCACAUUAUUCCUGUUUAGCCACACACAAUACUGAAUGUUGUUGGUAGUUUAUUGUCAUAUCAUUCAAACGAAUAAAUAGAGAUUACUUAAAGAACUCCUGUCACAUGAUUUGGAUAGGCUAGUUGCUGGAGCCUGACAGAUCUUACAGUGCAUGGAUAGGUAUACUCCUUAUCAGUUAUCCGCAUAUUGUAUGUUAAAACAAUCUUCCUGUUGAUGAUGAGGCACAUAAUCAUUGGUUGAAGCAUGCAACAUCUGAUCAGAAUAACCCAUGUUUAACGUAGAAAAACCAUUGCUUUAGAAGACAAAAUUAGAACAUCAAUAAGCUCUAGCCAAUUGAAACAGACAGGGCAGAACACUUUAACCUCAUUCAGAAUCAGACUGAGAUUGGUUGUGACAGAUAUGUAAGAUAAGAUCUUCUUUUAAGAAUAGUUGUUUGUUUUUGGAGAAGGCAAUUUCAGUGGGAUGAUCAUGUGACCAGAGAGGAUAUACCCACCUCAUGGUCACACAUAAUUACAACGCCAUAUGAGAAAAGGAAAAAAGCUAACUUUCUGCAUAUCAACACAUUUUGCCAAGAGGCUAAGAUAACUAUUUUGCAGUUUUAAAGCUAGUUUAAUGUCAUUUUACACAUUCUGUUAUAUGCAAAAUGGGGGCCUGGGACAUUUGCACAUUUAGUAAAUCAGCCUUACCCAGAAGGAACUGCGUGCAAAAAAAAUAUUUUCAUGUAUUCUCUUAUGAAUAGCAAGCAACAAUGUUGCUAUGGUAACACACAACAUGCCAACUUCAGUCUCCACAGUACUAGUUUUUUUUUUUACAUGAAGCUACUGUUAGAUAUUGUUGCACUACGGGAACUGGCUCAUCAUCCUUUUGAUACCUACCUAGACAUGAUGUCGAGUUGACAUGCACAUUGUAAAUAGCUUCACCUUUAAGAUUUAAAAACAACUUUUAUUUUUGUGUGUUAAUAUUUAUUGUCUAGGAAGAAUUGUGUAUUUAAAUCCAGACAUAUGGGAGCUUUGCGCUGUUUCACGAAGGACAAUAAAAAGCUUUUUUGCUAUCUUUUUUUGCUAUCUUUUUUCAUAAAAUAUUAACAUACAAUAAAUAAACGAUCAAGCUCUCUGGCUAACUUUGUAGCUGCAAGGCAGCAAGUAUGUAUUUGCGGUAAUUUGUCAUUUUCUUUCUCAGUGUUUUUCAAAAACAAGAAUAACCCAAUAAAAUUGAAUU